AUGCAUUCCAGCAACAGCAAAGUGGCUAGAAAACCAGUUGAACAACUUAACGAGAUGCUACGAAUUCAGCGAUUGGAACCAAUCAUCCCCCGCAUGACUAGCCAGCAGCUCCAUUACGAAGAACAACAAAUCCAGAAGGAAAUGGAGCUAACCCAGCAAGAAGACGACAGACAAGUAAGACUAUAUCAACAACAAGAAUCAGAAGAAGAACUGGAACACCAACACGAUCCUCUGAUGGAACAACAACUCCUCAGUAUGACCAACAACUGGACUUUCGGAGAAGGAGAAAGCUCUUCCUAUGACUCAGAUGAACCUCGCGACGUUGCCCGACAACACACUCAGGCAGAGAUCGCCUAUGGGUUCACCCCCAGUGUGGACGACUCCAGCUCUGAAGAGGAACCUGACAACCAGGAAGGAAGAAUCAAGCAACUUCUGAGAUACCAAGAAAUCGACAUGCUUCAAGACAAACAAUAA